AAAGAAAAGCAAAUUAAUUACUGAAAAUUGCAUGCUGUGGCGGGAUUUCUGAAUUUUUUAAGCUCUAUAAUCCUACUUUUUCAUCUUCAUUUAUGUUCGAAUACCCAAAAUUAAAGAAAAAAUUUAAUAUUCAUAAUACGAAGUUCUUUUUUCUGCACUUGAACGGUGAAAAAUCAGAGCUUGAUUUUGCUGAUUUUAUACUCCACCGUCAGUGGCUUCCGGGACGACUCCUCUCUUUCUCUUCUUAAAAAAGACUCCUUCAUUUUCUCUUUUUUUACUUGCACUUCAAGCUGCUUCCACCUAAGAUCCAUUGUUAGUACGGUAGCGGCUAAUGCUUAGGUCAGUGGUGGUAUAAUGUCGAGGAUCACAAAAUGGAAGCUUGAGAAGACUAAAGUGAAGGCAGUUUUCCGGCUCCAAUUUCAUGCCACAGAUGUUCCACAAAGUGGAUGGGAUAAGUUAUUCAUAUCAUUAAUCUCUGCUGAUUCUGGAAAGGCAACUGCUAAAACGACCAAAACAAGUGUGAGAAGUGGAACGUGUAAAUGGGCAGAUCCUAUUUAUGAAACUACAAAUCUUCUCCAAAACUCCAAAAGCAAACAAUAUGACGAGAAGCUCUGCAAACUUGUUGUGGCCAUGGGUUCUUCGCGUGCUAGCAUCCUUGGUGAGGCUAUUAUCAAUCUUGCUGAUUAUGCUGAUGCAUUGAAGCCUUGUGCCAUUGCACUUCCUCUUCAAGGAUGCAAUUUUGGAACUAUAUUACAUGUUACGGUCCAGCUCUUGACUUCAAAGACCGGAUUUAGGGAAUUUGAGCAACAGAGAGAACUCAGAGAAAGAGGGUUGCUAGCAGGAGUUGAUGGCCAGCGUGGUGAUAGUGGUACUGGCAAAAUAUCACGUUCUGAUGAGAACUCCAUUGAACAGAUGGAUAAGGAAAAAGGAAUAAUUAGAUUGAGAUCAGAUGUUAAAGAUCUCUCUUCAGCUGAGGAAGACGUAAGCCUGAAUGAAGAAUAUGCAGACUUGGGUGUUGGAAUCGAUGAUUCAUCCAAUAACUCAGAAAGUUUAUAUGCUGAAAAGCACGAGACUUCCAGCAUGCAUGAAAUUGAUAGCCUCAAAAGUAUGGUAUCUGAUGAUUUGAAUGGUCUUUCCUGUUGUCAGAGUCUACAUACUGAAAAAGGAGAUCCAUCUGAUCAUCAAAUUAGGGCACAAGGGAGUAGUGAUUUGGCUCACAGGUGGAAUUCGGACUAUUCCAUGGAUAAUGAGUUGGCAAUAUCCCAUGAGGAGAAUAAUAGACUUAGAGGAGGCUUGGAAUUGGCUGAAUCGUCUAUUUUGGACCUUAAGAUGGAGGUCAGCUCCUUGCAGAGCCUAGCUGAUGAAUUGGGUAUUGAAACGCGGAAGUUCUCUGACCUCAUUGUCACUGAGAAAUCUUCAGUUGAAGAAUUGACAAAAGAAGUCUCUUUCAUGAAAUCGGAAUGCUUGCAAUUCAAGGAAGAUAUAGAAACGCUUAAAGAAUUGAAACUUAGCCCUCAAAUGACUAUUCAGGAAACCAGCAUCAAUCAGGGUAAUCACUUACUUCAGAACAUUCAGGUCAAAUGGUUAAAGAAGAUAUCAGUAGUGGAGGACACGAUAAGAGAACUUCAAAAUGAAGCAUGUGUUGGCUUCCAUGAAAGCAAUAGUAGAUUUAUUUAUUCCAAGUUGGAAGCAGUGCUCGCUAUUCUUCUGGAUAUUAAAUGCAGAAAUGGUGAAGUAGUUCAAAAGGGUGAACAGUAUUUAUCUGCCAACGAGCUUUCCACGGACUCAUUUCAGCCGGAAAGUAUUCUUCAUCAUUUAAGUGUACAGCUUCCAGAGUCUCAAGUGCCCAACUCUAAUGCGGUUAUUGAUGCUAUGAAAGGCCAAAUUUUAGAUCUUGUAAGGGAGUUGGAUGAGGCUAAAGUUGAAAGGGAAGGUGAAGUGAAAAAAAUGAAUCAGAUGGAAUGCUAUUAUGAAGCCCUUAUUCAGGAGCUCGAGGAAAAUCAGAAGCGAAUGAUAGGAGAGUUGCAGAGUCUCAGGAAUGAGCAUUCUACUUGCCUUUACACUAUAUCUGCUGACAGAGCUGAAAUUGAAUCAAUGCGUCAAGAUAUGAAUCAUCAGGUCUUAAGAUUUGCAAAUGAGAGACGAGGUUUGGAUGCCCUUAAUAAUGAGCUUGAAAAAAGGGCUGCUACUUCGGAAGCAGCACUCAGAAGAGCUCGAUUAAAUUACUCAAUUGCAGUGGAUAAAUUACAGAAGGACCUUGAGCUGCUUUCUUCUCAGGUUGUGUCCAUGUUUGAGACUAAUGAGAAUAUCAUAAAGCAGGCUUUUCCUGAAUCUCCCCCACCAUGUUUGCUAGGAAACCCAAAAAUAUUGCAGAGUCAAGAGGAUUAUGAUCCUACAAAAGUGUUGCAGAAUAGCAAUCAAAAUUUGGGUCCAAGGAAACAAGCAGUAGGUGGAGAUAUCCUAUUAGAGGACUUGAAGAGAUCCCUCUACUUGCAGGAAGGGCUUUAUCAAAAGGUUGAAGAAGAGCUCGGCGAAAUGCAUUCUGUGAACUUAAACUUGGACAUAUAUUCAAAGACAUUGCAAGAAAUGCUGCUUGAAGCAAAUGCUGACAUUAACAUGAUAAAUGGAAAAAAUUAUGAACUUGCUGAGGAGUUGGAGCUUUCAAAUGCCGUCAAAAAUCAGCUAAUUGUAAGGUUGCAGAAGGCCAUGGAUGAUAUUCAAACUCUUAAUGAGUACAAGUCUAGUUGCAUUGCCCAGUGUAGUGACAUGGCUCUGCAAAAUCAAAUCUUAGAAGAAAAAUUAGAGAGUAUAUCCAAGGAAAAUUUUCUUCUUACACAGAAGCUGAUAGACUGCAAAGAACUUGUAACUGAAUACAAAAGUUACCAAAGCAAAUUUGAGACUUGUUUGGCAGAGAAUGCAGAGCUAUCACUUCUGUUGAAACAUGAAGCAUCAGAAAAUGCGAAUCUUCAAAAUGAAAUCUCUCUUUUAAAAGAAAAUUUGACGAUGCUUAAAGCUGAAUCAGAUGAAUUGGCUUCUGUAAAGGAAAAGCUUCAGGAAAAUAUCUGCUUUAUGAAAGAUAAGCUGGCUACUCUGUUGUUAUCAUACAGUAAACAAUUUCGUGGAUUGGCUUUUUUCAGUAAUUCUCAAUGUCUUGAUGAGUGCACAGAUUUCAAAGAUGCCAUCUUGCAGUUAGAAGAAAUCCAACAAAGUGCAUCUGGAAAGAUACUUCAAUUGCUAGAGGAGAAGAAAAUUCUAGAAAGUGAAAGAGUAAGUGCUGAGAUGUCCUUGAGUGCUGCCAAGUCAGAAAUUCUGGCAACGAAGCAGAAAUUCAAAUGUGACAUGCAGGAUAUGGCGGCUAAAUUAGAUGUAUCAAAUGCACUUGUGGAUAACCUUCAAGUUCAAUUCAAAUCUGUUGCUGACAAAUUCCACCAUACUUCUGAAAUUGAAGAAAGGUCCGCAAAGCAGAAUAGAGAACUUCUGGAUUAUCUUGCUCUUUUACAAGAUCAGAUGCAGGAACUGACGUCUAAAAAUGGUCACAUUGCUCAAGAGAUGUUAGGCUUGGACACCUUGGCUGAGGAACUCGGGAACAAUAAGUCGACCAUAAUGGAGCUAAUUCAAGAUAACCAAGACCUCAGGGUGAACUUACAGGAUAAAACUGGAGAAUCUAUCAAGCUAGCAUCCGAGAUUAGUUGUCUGGAAGGAAAAUUGAGAAAUAUUCACAAUGAGUUACAAAUUGAAAAGGGUUUCAAAGAUGAACUAGAGGGAAAAAUGCAAGAUCUUGCUUCUCAGUUGAACAAGGAGCAUGACAAAGUGAUCUAUUUCGAACAGCAAAAAACUGAACUAACGCACUUCAGGCAAGUGGCAUCAGAUCUAGAAUUGGAAAAAUCAAGACUUCAUCACCUUUUGAAUCAGCAAAACCGGAUCAUGGAAAAGCUUCAAAAAAGUUCGUCUCGUACAACUGAUUUUGAAAGUCAGUUAUUUGAAAUGCAAGAUUACUCAAUUGCUGCAGAUGUUAAACUUGCUUAUAUCACAAACCAAUAUCAAACCCUACAUGAGGAACAUGUAACGAAAUUUGAAGGUGACAUGCAGGAUAUGGCUGAUAAACUAGUAGUGUCCAAUGCCCUUGUGGACAAACUUCAAGUUCAACUCGAAUUUGUUGCUGACAAAUUUCACCUCACUUCUGAAAUUGAAGAAAAGUCUGCACAGCAGAACAGAGAACUUUUGGCUGAUCUUACUCUUUUACAAGAUCAGAUGCAGGAACUGACGUCUAAAAAUGGUCACAUUGCUCAAGACGUGUUAGGCUUGGAUGCUCUCGCUGAGGAGCUCGAGAGGAAUAAUUCAACCAUUACAGAGCUAAGAAAAGAUAAGAAAGACCUUAUGGUGUCCUUACAGGAUAGAACUGGGGAAUCUAUUGAGCUUGCAUCUGAGGUUAGUUGUUUAAAGGAAAAUUUGAGAAAAUUGCAUGAAGAGCUACGUAUUGAAAAGGGCUUCAAAGAUGAACUAGAGGAGAAAAUGGCAGAUCUUAAGGUUCAGUUAAACAAGGAACAUGACAGAGUGUUCAAUUUUGAACAGCAAAAAACUGAACUGAUGCACUUCAGGCAAGUAGCAUCAGAUCUUGAAUUUGAGAAAUCAAGACUCUCUCACCAUUUGACGCAACAAAAUGAGUUUAUGGAAAGGCUUCGGAAAAGUUCUUAUACAAAUGAUCUCGAAAGUCAGCUAUUUGAAAUGCUAGAGUACUCAAUUGCUGCAGAUGUUAAACUUGCUUAUGUCACAAAACAAUAUGAAAUCCUACUUCAGGAACUUGUGCAGCAACUUAAGUCCUCAGAUGAGUACCUUUUGGAGCUUCAGAAAAGGUAUCAUGAUUUGGAGGCUAUGUUAAAUCAGCGCCUUGCAAGUGAAGUUCAUUUGACUGAGGAAAAUUCUAAUUUGUUGACCAGCUUUAAAACCCUAAGAACAGAAUUCGAAGCUUCUGUAGCUCAAAACAAGCUUCUUUCGGAUUCUAAUCAUGAUAUCAAUUAUCAACUUGAGGAGUACAAGAGGAAGUUGACAAUGAUGCAAACCAGUUUUUCAAAGGAUAAUUUGCAAGCUGUAAUGGUAGAACAGCUAAAAGACACUUUGGCAGAGGCUGAAGAGGAUAUUCAUCACUUGACAUUGUUGAAAGAGGAGUUGGAAAUUUUAUCAAUAGUGCUCAAAGGCAAGGUGGAUGAACAAUAUACUUAUAUGACUUCAUUGGAGGAUAAUAGAGACGAACUCCUGAUGCUUCGAUCCCGAUGUAACGUGCUGUCCCACAAGCUUUCUGAACAGGUUAUGAAGACUGAAGAAUUUAAGAACUUAUCCAUCCAUUUGAAGGAACUCAAAGACAGAGCUGAAGCUGAAUCUUCCCAUGCUCGUGAAAAAAGAGAACCUGAAGGACCACCAGUUAUCAUGCAGGAUACCUUGAGAAUUGCAUUCAUCAAAGAACAGUACGAGACUAAAAUCCAAGAACUGAAGCAACAGCUUUCUAUAUCCAAAAAGCAUGGUGAAGAGAUGCUUAUGAAAUUGCAAGAUUCAAUUGAUGAAAUUGAAAAUAGGAAGAAGUCGGAAGCUGUGAACAUGAAGAGGAACAAUGAGCUAUCGUUCAAACUCUUGGAAUUGGAAACAGAAUUGCAGUCUGUACUUGCAGAAAAGCGUGAAAAGGUCAAUGCUUAUGAUCGCAUAAAUGCAGAAUUGGAAUGUGUGGCUCUGAGCCUUGAAUGUUGCAAGGAAGAAAAAGAAAAGCUUGAAGCUUCUUUCAGAGAAUGUGAGGUGGAAAAAUCUCAACUUGCUGUUGAACUUGACUCGAUAAAAGAACUGAAGAAAUUCAGAUCUUUCAGCAAUGUUCAAAAGGAGGAAAAUAAUGAGGUGGCUGAAGUAGAGUACGUUCUCAAUGAGUCAUCUAGAAACUCUUCCCCUAAUUUCUUCUGCUCAGUGUGCUCAAAAGAAAUGGAUGCGGCGUCCCUAGGCAUGCAUGGGAUUCCUGAGGUACUUGUUGGAGGUGAAUUGCUGCAGAACAAUGGAAAGAGUUUAAAUGUCAGUAGUGAUCAUUUGGCAACCCAAAGACUGAAGUCUAGCAUAGAGCACAUGCAUGAAGAGCUGGAAAAGAUGAAAACUGAAAAUACUCACUUUCUCAAAGAUCGUGAUUUUGACCCUGAUUUUCAAGAUCCAGAAGAAGAACUCGUGCAAUUACAUAAGGUAAAUAAUGAGCUCAGAAGCAUGUUUCCUUCGUUCAAUGAAAUAUCUACCGGAAAUGCAUUAGAAAGAGUACUUGCGCUGGAAAUCGAGCUUGCUGAAUCAAUGAAGACAAAGAAUAAAUCAAAUAUCCAUUUCCAGAGUUCAUUCCUGAAACAACACAGCGACGAGGAAGCAGUGUUCAAAAGCUUUAGAGACAUCAAUGAGCUGAUCAAACAAAUGUUAGAAAUCAAAGGCAGCCGUGCAGCUGUGGAAGCAGAACUGAGAGAAAUGCACGAUAGGUACUCUCAAUUGAGCCUCCAGUUUGCUGAGGUCGAAGGUGAGAGACAGAAACUCAAGAUGACGCUAAAAAACAUCCGUGCAUCAAAAAAGCUCUAAGCUCAAGUCGAUCCUCGUCUUCGGAUCACCAUUAACUCAGCCACCGGAUAAAGCUUCAGAAUAUGUUAUAUUUAUCUCGUGGGGUUUGAAAGCUAAAUGCACACCUUGAUGUAAAUAAAAAUGAGGUGGCCAGAGAUUUUUACCAGCAUAAAAUUGCGGUGUAGAUUUAUGUAAUUUAAGUCUUUUAUUUACCUUACAGUCUUUUGCUCCUUUUACCUUAUCCAAGCGUUCUGCCUUCUCUUUGUUGUAAUUAAUAUUGUAUAGAUAAUCUAUUGGUUCAAUUUAUCAUUCCUGUUUUAAGACA